AUGAGAAGGAUCGUCUUAACAGUACUGUUGAUAUGCGUGAUCAAGGCCAAUCCAAUGCCCGGCCCUCCGGUCUUCUAUAAAGUCAAGACUUUCUCUAGCGAGUGCUAUUUACCUCCAGGCAAGUUGGGUAUUACCAUAAGCGUCAAAUUUUGGUCAAAAGGCAAUCUAGUGCUAUAUUAACUUAAAGAUUUUUCAAAUUGUUAUAGCCGGUUUAAUAAUUAUUUAUUGUUUAGAUUCGGGCGCUUGUGACAAUGGAGUGGAAAGUGUAAAGGCUGACCUCAAAAAGUCCUCAAUCCGGCAAACGACGAGAUAUUAUUUCGACACAGUGACAGAAGAAUGUUAUCCGUUCGCCUUUCUGAUGCCACAUUGCUCAAAAAAUGCCAAUAAUUUUGUUUCUCUGGAGAAAUGUCGAAGCUUCUGUCGGCAGAUCUAA